GCGACCGCGACUCGGGACUAGUCGACUCAGGCUGAGCGCCGCGCAACUCAGCCUCUCAUCUCCCUCGUCGUCGGCGCAGCGCGUAUCGAACGCCCUUUUUCUGCUUGUGACAUCGCAUCGUGAUGUCGGAUGAGGAGUAUGAAGUUGAGGCGAUUCAUUCCGCAAAGCUCAUCAUAGGACCUCAGAGGAGGAAGGUGUGGAGCUACUUUGUAAAGUGGAAGAACUAUGGUCUGAAAGACAACACCUGGGAGCCACCAGACUCGUUCUCAGGUGGUUCAGAACAUUUUAUCCAUGAUUUCUGGCAACGCGUCAACACCGAUGGGCGAGAGUGGGGAAAUCUCCGGAUAUUCAGAGUGGGUGAAGAAUUCGUUCCGCUUGCUCCUCCUCCUCGCAAAGCAAAAACCGAGGAAAGCAAGAAGGCUUCCUCACCAACUGGCUUGAAAUCGUCGGACGAGUCGGAAGAUGAGGUGCAGUCUAUCAUAGGCGACGAAGAAAGACUUAAGAGGAAGCGUCGUCCGUCAGAGAAACUCCAAGGCGCCUCUGCAAAGCGUCGCCGUCAGGAAGACGUACAGACGCCCACUCGCUCUGGCUUGCAACGCAAACGCUCAAUGGCCGAAAACUUCUCGCCCGAGAAGAACUGGAAUGCUAGCUCGGCGUCGUCAAGGCGCAAACAGGUCGUUCGCGGGGUAUCGUCAACGGACGAGAGACUGUCGGCGUCCGGACCGUCUCGCUCUCGCAAGGCCGAUAAGUCGUUUGUGGAUGCCACCGUAGAACAGCAAAUCGAGCUUGAACUGCAGUACCCCUCUACUCCCUCGUCUCCUGGGCCCGAUGAUGCGGGUCAAAGAGCAUCGAGCCCUUCUCUGUUUGGUAUCCCGAUGCUCUUGCAAGCUCAGCCGUCACAACCUGCAGCAGCGCCUAGCGACUCUAUGCCGCCUGUGCCUGCUCAUCGUGCUCGCAAACCGAAAGUAAAGCUUCACGAAGAGCCGCUCCUCGAUGCAGGCGAGCCGUCGGGCGGUACCAUGUCUACCAAGGAGAGAUAUAUGCGGCAGAAUGGUGCGGGUACGAGGUCAUUGCAGGCUGGCAUGAGCUCGUCGACCGGACCUUUGCGCAAGAGUGGGCGCGUGUCAGGCUCAAAGGCGGGACCUGGGCGGAACUCUUUAGGGAUCGUCACUGGCAGCACGUCGCUGCUCACGACUCUGGGGGGCGCGUUACAGACGGUGAAGGGUAAAGUUCCCCCAGGCAGGCGGGGUAGGAUGACACUGCAAGAGAGCGCUGGGGGAGGUGUGGCAGAUGCCCCUGCCAUGGCAGACAGUGGAGUAGAGCCAGAUCUCAUGCAACCUCCGCCCCCGCCCCCGACUGGAGAGGAGCUCCUCCGGCAGGCUGGCUACAAUGCUACCGAUGCGCAGAACCUGUCUGAUUUCGAGGACGACGUCGAUGCGCACGGUGAGCCGGAUCCGGAUCACCCCCAACCACCGGCAGUGGUGACCAGCGGGCAACAAACUGAACCCGUGGUCCAGGAGACCGUGCGCUCGGAGGGCACCAGUGAAGAGACCGUUGUCGCUGAACAAUCCGUCGCUACGGAACAAGCAGCUGUUCAGGCUCCCUCAAGAAACAGUAAGCAACCAGAUAACGCCUCUGUCGCUCCAGAGGCCGCCCCAAAGGCCGCUCCAGAGGCCGCUCCAGAGGCCGCCCCAGAGGCUGCACCAGAGCCCAUGCCAGAGGCCGCACCAAAACGCCCAUUCCCGGCUUGGCAAAUGUCUACGAUUUUCGGACCUCUUGGCUUGGGAAAGGAGGUGACGUUGACCGAGAACGGAAAGCCAGUUCAUGAAAGGGCUCAAGAGUCGACGUCCAUGGAAUACGCGGUGCACCUGUCCUUGAGCUUGGACUACUCGAUUUGCGUGCCCGUCUGCCUGAAAGAUAUUUAUCCUCCGGGUUCAUUGCUGGGAAAUCUGGGCCCCCAAUCAGCCGUGGGCCCGCCCGGGAAGUUCUACAAGAGCGAACAUGCACCUGCGGUCUUACAAACGUUCCAGAUGGAGGGUACCACUGCUCGCCUCACCCUUGAUCCGGCUGCCAAUGACUCACAUCGUCAGCACUUCGCCCGCUUCUGCUCACGCCUCCAUGCGGGAGACUUGUUCAUCGAGAUGAUAGGAGUCAAACUCCUGGCUAUGUUCUCUUCUGAGAACAGAGCUUUGGGAGAGCUCCUUGCCACACCGGCGAAUCUGCUUGGCCUGAGUGAGACCGUACUAGUCACUCAGGUUGCGAUCGAUAAUCAUUCGGCAUAUGCGGAUGUAGUGGGCUUUGCAGACAACACACAAUGGUCUGCUUCGGCAUGAACUAUGAACUUCUGUCAUGCUAUCAUUUGACGCUUCAUGUAUAGUGUACUCGCUAGUCAAUCAGUCGCGCUAUUCUUGUUUUCAUGCAUUCUGCGUUCGCUGCUACAUAAUUCAAUGCAACUGUCCGUCGUUGAACGAAA